GAAUAAAUGGCGGCAGUUUUGAACCUGGAUAUGGACUGUGUGUCCAGGUUGGAGCAGUAUGAGGACGACUCCGUGGAAGCUUGGUUCACAGACGGCACCAGCAUCUGUCUCACUGCUUGCGGGAGCGCUUUCACGCGCCAGGAAAAGUUCACGGCUUACGCCUCGAAGGAGUGCCGAGAGAGAGUUUGCACGCUCCUAGCGUUCAGGAACCUCUUUGCAGAGCAACCCUUUCUCCCAGCUACCUUAUUCACCAACGAAAUAAAGGUGUCAGAGAACGCAAUAGACUAUGGAGUUUGGCCGUCAAACCAACAGCAAGCUGUUGGAUGUAACCUGUUUAAAACAGGUUUGGCGGGAGAAAUACGUUUUCAGUCCAGUGACGGCUGUGCGUGGGUUGAGCUGGCUUCUCACGGGCAGACACUCACCGUUUGCUACCUGGCAAGACUGUCCUGUGGUGAUAGAGUUGGCCUGUCUGGUGUGAUGGAGACUGAGGUUUUGGAGAAUGGGUUGACAACACCUGAGACUAGCAGAGAGCAAGGAAGUGAGAAGACUCGUCAUCAGUAUGUCUGGAGGAGAGAGAUCCACAGUACAGCAAAGACUCCUCGUGCCUGGGCCCACCCUCUAUCACUGCUGAUGCAGCACAGGUCACAUGACACUCACAUGACCACCACCACUCCAGACAAGGAGAAUGAAAGACAGGAUGCAGUGGUGUCCACUGCUCUUCCUUCCACUCUCCCUCUCUCUUGCCUUCAUCCACAUCUCCACCACACCCAGCAACAGACUCUCAGGGUGAAGGUGUUAUUUACUGAAGGAGUACUUUAUCGGGCAUUUUUCGACCAUCAACAACCAUUUGUAGAGGCUUUGCCCAAUCAGAUGACAGUGUUAAGGUCAUAUGAUCCAGACGGUCGUUUCUUCCAUUGCUGGAGUGUGGACGAUGACGGAAGUAGGUGUGUCCAAGAGAGCAUGUACUGUGUUGACCACACCCCCUUGGCGUCUGGACUCCACCCAUUCAGCAUCGCCGGGGUGAUUGGCCAGGCAUCGAGGUUGCUCGACAGGGUACGGAAAGUAGGAGCGUCCAAUGUCAAACUAUGCUGGAAGGCUCCUUCCCCUCUCCCCUCCCCUCCCUCUUCCCCCCUUCACUACACUGUACCAGGCCUCGGGAGGUUCACUGUUCGCACCAAUGGCCAUGUGAGAUGUGUCUUCAUUGACCGAACAAUAGUCGAUUUCUUUAACACAUCAAAAACUGACCUGAAUCGGGAAAAUGAGACCCCUGACCUCACUUCUAGGGGGUCUGGAUUAAAUUUCAGUUGCCCCCCUGGGUUUGACAGGGGGCGGGGGGUAGAGGUGGCAAGGGGGGUCUGGGUGGACCAAAACUGGUGCCGACUGUUUCAACCAAACGGACGGUAUCUCAUUCUUUCCACACAUCAUCCGACCAGUCACCACAGGUCUGUUGAGAUGUGGUUUUUUCGGUGCAGAUAAUUAUAGUAUAUACCCACCUGUUGUGCUACCGACUAUUACAGUAUAUUUGUUCAAAGAGUCGUCGUGUUGUUCAAAGAGUCAUUGCUUUUGCCUUGCAUCGUCUCAUUGUGCAAAUGCGAUCGCUUUUCGUAGGUAUAUUGAGAUAGUGAGAGACUGGUGUGAGUGGCUGGCCAGUAGACCAGAUGACGGGGGAGGAGAGUUCUACCAGAGAACCAUCUAUGACCAGCACACACAGAGAGAAGUGUUGGCGGAACUGUCAAAGAUUGAGAGAUUCACUGCUAUUAUGACACACCAGCUUACUCCCUCAAAUCGACAGGGGAUUGGUGGGUGUGGCCAGCUAAAUGAGGGGUGUGGCCAACCAGAAUUUCCUCCGUUUGUUAAAGAUGCUCUCAGGCAAACGAAGAACAUUGUGCAAGACAUUGACACCAUUCUGGGAAAUUAACUUUUUGCAGGAAAAAAUUUGUGACAUUGUUUUUAUUAUUAUGUGGAGAUUUCUGCUGGUAGAAAAUGAUGGUGUGGCUAUAAUUAUAGUUCCACGGUAUUAGUGACAGUG